GAACUUCGCAGACAGUUGAAAGCCUGAAUGCCAAUCCACAGCCAGGAACGUCAAGUUCGACCGGAAGCGGGGAAAACAGUGAUAUAAGUGGAUAUUGGCGUCCAGACCUAGACAUCAACUCGAGUUCGUCAGAGGAAGAAAUUGCCGAACAUGACAUCAAGAGAAAGGCAAGAAAAAAUCCCAGAAGACACCUUUCAAAUCGAGACAUUGUAAAGGAAGUAAAGACUGACAUGCGCACGCAGGCGGAAAUACGACGCGCGGAAUCAAGGAUGACCAGAAACAGAAACUUGUCAGAAUGUAGCUCUGAUAGUGAUGAUGAUGUGAACAUGGACACCGUUUUCAAAAAAGAAAAGCUGACAAUGUGUGACUCGCUUACUAAGCUUUACAGAAAAAGACGCCAAUCAAACAGAGAUGUUGCACAGGAAGUACAUCGCACAGAAGCACUGAGCAGGGCUACAAAUCAGGCAGGCUGUAGUUCUAGUUCUGAAAGUGACAGCGAUGAAGACAUAAGCACCAGUUCUCCUGCAGAGAAGCCUUCAAAAAUUUACUCGCACAAAACGUACCGACAUUCUAAAAAAAGUCUUAAAGAAAGAGACAUCGUACAGGAAAUAAAAGCUGACAUGCGCGCGAUGGCGGAAAUGAGACGCCAGAACGCAAGACUGAGCAGGCAAGAAAGAAACUUUUCAGACAGUAGUUGUGACAGUAACAGUGACGAAGAGAGUACAGCCGUACCCUCCAGUCCACUGUUAUAUAGCCCUAUAUGUGUACGAGGUACACCUUACAGCAGAAGAUGGUACAAAUCCUUAGGGAAAGGCCCAAGACCAUGGAGCAGUUCAUCUGAAUCUAGUUCAAGUUCUGCCCAAAGUGCCUGUGGUGAAUCUUCUUGCAGCUCUUCAUCUACCGAUAUCAAAUUAUCUAAGGUAAGUGCUGAAACAGUAAAUAUCGAAAAAGCAAACAGCCAAAUCACAAACAGCCAAACUUCAAUAAGUCAGACCGCAGAUUGCCAAACUAUAAAUAGCCAAACCGCAACCAGCCAAACCACAUAUAGCCGAAGUGAAGACAGUCAAAACACAAACAGCCAAACUUCAAUAAGUGCAGAUUGCCAAACUGUAUACAGCCAAACCGCAAACAUCCAAACCUCAUAUAGCAAAAUUGAAGACAACCAAAACACAUACAGCCCAACUGCAAAAAGUGAAACCGAAAAUAGCCAACCCGAAAGCAGCCAAAGCACAAACAGCAAAACGACAAAUAGCCAGACCACAAAAAGUCACUUCGAAGAUAGCCAAAACACAUAUAGCCAAAACGAAAACACCAACAUCGCCAACAGCCAAAUCACAAGUAGCCAAACUGCAAAUAUCGAAACAACAAAGAUCCAGACUGCAAAUAGCCAAGAUGAAUACAGCCAAACCGCAAGUAGCCAAAACGCAAAUACAAAAACGUCAAAUAUCCACAAUGCAAAUAGCCAAACCCAAAACAGUGAAACUGCAAACAUCCAAACCACAAAUAGUCAAAUAGAAGUAAAUGUUGGAGCUGAUUACAAUGGUGACAGAGGUCAAACAGGUAAUUUUUAUACAGCAAAGCUCAGUGCGACAGAAAGCAGUCAUUGGAACAAGAUAAAUGAAGGCGAAAAUAACGACGACAAUACCGCUGGACCAUCUGCAAAUUUAAUGGUAAGCCUAACCAGGGAGAGUAAAUUUGCCUGCAGUAGUUUUAAAAAGGCUGUCACGAAGAAAUUAGCUGUUAAAUGGAAUAAACCACCACCAGAUACAGCAGAAAAAGAAAGGCAAGCAUCACUGAAAGAGAUGAAACAAGUUUUAUAUGAUCUUCUCCAUGAGGUCCAUGAGUCGUCUCCGAUAGGACAAUCACCUGUUGAGGAAUGGUGGCAAGAGUUACGAAUUGAAGAAGUAGAAUUAUGCCGGAUUGAAUAUGAGCAAAGUGACAUUUCACUUGAAAAUAAAUGCAAUGAUGCGCCAGCCACUUGUAGGAAGAAGGAUACGAUUUCAGCACACACCAAUGAUACCUGUCUGCAAAAUGACGACCCCGUUGGAAAUGGCAAUGACACAACGAUAACCGCACAUACCAAUUCUGCAUGCCUUCAAGAUGACAGCCCCGUUGUAAACGGCAAUAACCCAAUGAAAACAGCAAGAACCAAUGAUGCCGACCUUGAAAAUAAUGCUUCCAUUGUGAAAGAAAACAACGCAACGAUAACCACACAUACCAAUGAUGCCAGCCUGAAAAAAAUCUACCCAAUCGUAAAUGAAGACAAAACCCUGAUAACCGCACGUACCAAUGAUGCCUGUCUGCAAGAUGACGACUCUAAUGUGAAUAAGGACAAAACAAAGAUAACCACACAUACCCAAAGAUUUCCCUUUCCUUGCAAAAUUUUGACCCCAAUGUGA